GAGGCAACGCAACUGCGGACGCGGGGCGCGGACACCAGGAUCCAGGACCCAGGACCCAGGACCCAGGACCCAGGACCCAGGACCCAGGCUCCUCCCGCCGGUGGGCAGCGCGGAGAGGCGGGCAGCGCGGAGCGCAGGCCAUGGGCGCGCAGUGAGCGGUGGCGGGACCUGGAGCUCCGCAGCCGGCCGUGCACCCCUCGGCCACCAUGAAAGACGACUUCGCAGAGGAGGAGGAGGUGCAGUCCUUCGGUUACAAGAGGUUUGGUAUUCAGGAAGGAACACGAUGCACCAAGUGUAAGAACAGCUGGGCACUCAAGUCUUCCAUCGUCUUGUUAUACGUCUUGUGCGCCUUGCUCACCGUCACAGUCGCCAUCCUGGGGUACAAAGUUGUAGAGAAAAUGGACAAUGUUACAGGAGGCAUGGAGACAUCCCGCCAAGCCUACAAUGACAAGCUCACAGCUGUGGAGAGCGACCUGAAGAGACUAGGGGACCAGACCGGGAAGAAAGCUGCAGGCACCAACUCCGAGCUCUCUACCUUCAGAGCAGACAUUCUGGAUCUGCGCCAGCAGCUCCGCGAGGUCACAGAAAAGACCAGCAGGAACAGAGACACGCUGGAGAAGCUGCAGGCGAGCGGGAACGCGCUGGUGGACAGACAGAGUCAGCUGAAAGAAGCUCUGGAGAACAAUUCCUUCCUCAUCACCACCGUGAACAAGACCCUGCAGGCGUACAACGGCUACGUCAGCAACCUGCAGCAAGACACCGGCGCCCUGCAGAGCCACCUGCAGAGCCAGAUGUACUCACACAACGUGGUCAUCAUGACCCUCAACAACCUCAACCUGACGCAGGCGCAGCAGAGGAGCCUCAUCUCCAGCCUGCAGCGCUCCGUCGACGACACCGGGCAGGCCAUCCAGAGAGUCAAGAGCGACUUCCAGAGCCUGCAGCAGGUGCUCCUUCAAGCCAAGAAGGACACCGACUGGCUGAAGGAGAAAGUACACAGCCUGCAGACGCUGGCCGCCAAUAACUCUGCCUUGGCCAAAGCCAACAACGACACCCUGGAGGACAUGAACAGUCAGCUCAGCUCAUUCACAGGUCAGAUGGACAACAUCACCACCGCCUCACAGGCCAAUGAGCAGAACCUGAAGGACCUGCAGGACGUGCACAAGGACGCAGAGAACAGAACAGCCGUCAAGUUCAGCCAGCUGGAGGAGCGUUUCCAGCUCUUUGAGACCGACAUUGUGAACAUUAUUAGUAACAUUAGUUACACAGCCCACCACCUGCGGACACUGACAAGCAACCUAAAUGAAGUCAGGACCACGUGCACAGAUACCCUGACCAGACACACGGAUGACCUGACCUCCUUGAACAGCACAUUGGCCAGCAUCCGUUUGGAUUCUGUUUCUCUCAGGAUGCAGCAAGAUAUGAUGAGAUCAAGGUUAGAUACGGAAGUGGCCAAUUUAUCUGUGAUUAUGGAAGAGAUGAAGUUGGUGGAUUCCAAGCACGGCCAGCUCAUCAAGAAUUUCACAGUACUGCAAGGUCCUCCUGGCCCCAGGGGUCCAAAAGGUGACAGAGGACAGCAAGGACUCCCUGGUGCCACUGGCAGUAAAGGACAGAAAGGAGAGAAAGGGGAGCCUGGUCCCCCCGGCCCUGCUGGAGAGAGGGGCUCUGUUGGACCCAUCGGCCCCCCUGGCGAGCGCGGCAGCAAAGGCUCCAAAGGCUCACAGGGCUCCAAGGGGUCAAGGGGAUCCCCGGGAAAGCCCGGCCCUCAAGGCCCCAGUGGGGACCCUGGCCCAGCAGGCCCACCAGGCAAGGACGGACUCCCAGGCCCCCAGGGCCCUCCCGGCUUCCAGGGACUACAAGGCACCGUGGGGGAGCCAGGGGUCCCCGGACCCAGAGGGCUUCCAGGCUUGCCCGGGGUGCCAGGUAUGCCAGGCCCCAAGGGGCUCCCGGGACCCCCAGGCCCAUCAGGGGUGGCCAUGCCUUUGGCCCUGCAGAAUGAGCCAACAGCUGCUCCUGAAGCCAAUGGUUGCCCACCCCACUGGAAGAACUUCACAGACAAAUGCUACUACUUCUCUGUUGAGAGAGAAACUUUUGAGGAGGCAAAACUUUUCUGUAAAGACAAGUCUUCACAUCUCAUUUUCAUCAACACAAGAGAGGAGCAGCAAUGGGUGAAGAAGCAGAUGGCCGGGAAAGGCAGCCACUGGAUCGGCCUCACGGAUUUGGAGCAGGAGAACGAGUGGAAGUGGCUGGACGGGACACUUCCAGAGUUCAGAAACUGGAAAGCUGGGCAGCCAGAUGACUGGGGCCAUGGCCACGGCCCAGGAGAGGACUGUGCUGGGCUGAUUCACGCCGGCCAGUGGAACGACUUCCAGUGUGAGGAUGUCAAUAACUUCAUUUGUGAAAAGGACAGGGAGGCAGUGCUACCCGCCACACUCUAGUGGGCUGGGGUUCAAUAACGUGAGCAACUUGAGAGACAACUCAAGGACAAAGGACACUUCUGUUGGCAUCACCUUCUCACCAUUGAAAAGGGCACCGAAAGCCAGUUACUGAAAAAAAGUUGACAGCUAUGUUUUUCCUGUCCAUCAUUACUCAAGGACUUGGGGACUAAACUGCCCCUCUGGAAUUGACUGUAGUAUGCACGUGGACUGAAUCACAUAGAUGUCUCUCAGCCAAAAGCCAUACAAGUACAAGCCUUAUCUUCCAGAGUAUAUGGAGUGUUCCAAGCAUAAAAAGACUCAUUGGUUAUGAGUUAUUGGAAGAACAGAUACUGUGUGAACAGUACCGUACAUUCCUAAAAUCUCAAAGGUAGAAAAGUAGGCAGACAUACAGAUAUAUAGGCAGACUCUUAGUAUGAUAUGAAGUGUACUUAAAGAGCUUUGAAAACCUUGUAUUUUUGUACAAAAUAUGUGCCUUUUAUAUUUUUACUCUAUUUUUUUCCUUUUGUCUUUACCAAUAUAAUACAUGGAGCCAAAGAAUACAAUAAUGGUACUAAUAAAAACUCAUAGGGCUUCUUAAUCAGAUUCAAUUAUACUAGCCACAAAGAAAUUGUCUAGUUUGCAUUUAAAAAUAGAUUAAAUCUUUCUGGGUAUA